AUGUUGAAAACUGAAAAGACAAGCAAAUCAAAUAAGAGAUUAAAAAAAAGGAAGGAAGGAACCUGUGUUGCUCACAAACGUGCAACGACGACCUUGGGCUUUGCUCUCCGCCAAUUGCAGCACGUGAGAGAGCCAGCGCCACAAGGAGCUGUGGUCACUUGGUCGACUCACGAAGAAAGACAGAGCUCCGGGAACCAGACACGAGAGAUUCCGCCGCUCCCUAGUCUGAAUUUACUCGAUCUACUCUUCAUUUCUUCACGGCAUCACUUCCGGUCACGGGAAAUUCCAACAUGA